AGACAUCUGGACGAUUCAAUGGUCAAUGGGAACAACAAUUCUCCUGAGCCAGUCAGGCGGUAACUACGACACCAGGUCUUAUGCUCCAGUCUCUCAUAAAAUGUCUGUGUACAUUGCUUCGCUUGGCAAGGUACAAUGAUGGUAUAGAGGCGACACCAGAUCAGUUACCUCUAUUCCAUUUGGAAAACUGUCAACCAGUAUCUCAAUCUGCAGUUGUGUACAGGCCUGUUUCUAUUGAGGUAGUGAAACGGUAUCUGCAAAAAUGUAUGUUCGGCAUUGCUUCGCCGAGACUCUGUUUCCCCACAUACGUGGUCUUUUGGGAUUCUGAUUGGAGCCUAACUAGCCUUUCCGGCCAUGUGUGUUCUCGUGCACACAAACUCUGGGAGCAAAUGGAUGGUCAUAAAUUCCGAAUGACGUUGAUCACAAUUUUCCAGAUGCUCGACUCACCUCCCAUAAACCUUUUGUUGGCUGUGAGUUAGUUUUGCUUUGCUGGCGGGAGCGAGCGCCACCUACACGUUGACCGUGUGGAUUUUGCCUUGCACGCUAUACCCC